ACACUAGCCAUUAUAAAUAAGAGAAGACAAAGGAGUUGAAGGUGAAAACACAUGCAAAUACAAACAUGUCUCCAAACACUCACACUCGCAUGCUUAUUAUUGUGCUUAUAUUUCUUCAUCUUUAUUGCCUAUCCUCUGAGUCGGAGUCUAUUAUUGAGUGCAUUCCAAGUGAGCGCGAAGUACUUCUAAGAUUUAAGCAUCAUCUCAUUGACCAUACAAAUAAGCUCUCUUCUUGGAAUGCUUCCAAUCCCAAUUGCUGCAAUUGGGAUUAUGUUGUUUGCAGCCAUGUAACUGGCCACGUCCUUCAGCUUCACCUAAACACUUCAGGGCACGAUUGUGAUGAAUUUUAUUCUUGUAUUGGAGGUGACAUAUCUGAUUCUGUGGUUGAAUUGAAGCAUUUGAAUUACUUGAACUUGAGCGGUAAUUAUUUUGGAGGUAAGCAAAUUCCUACUUUCCUUUCUGAAAUCACCUCCUUAACUCACCUUGACCUUUCUGAUUCUGGAUUUCAAGGAAAGAUUCCUCACCAGAUUCGAAAUCUCUCAAAUUUGAUCUAUCUUGACCUCUCACAUGUGGCCUGUGGAAAACUUCCUCAUCAAAUUGGGAACCUUACCAAUUUGAUCCAUCUUGGACUCCAAAGUAAUUCUUAUGAACUAUUAGUCAUUGAAAAUGCUGAUUGGCUUUCAGCUCUUACAUCCCUUGAAUAUCUUGAUUUGAGUGGUGCAAACCUAUCCACAUCACUUGAUUGGCUACACAUUAUGCAAGCUCUCCCUUCUUUGCAAGAGCUACACUUGCUAGAUUGCAGUCUGAGUGAUUAUAAGCAACCACCCAAACUUAACUUUUCUUCUUUGCUCUCUCUCAGCAUUUCUGUUGCCCCCAAGUGGAUCUUUCAGUUGAACAAACUUGUUUCUCUUAAAUGUCAAUCAAACUGUUACUCUAAUGAUAUUGAUAGUCCAAUUCCUGAUGGUAUUCAAAAUCUUACCAUGCUUGAAAAUCUUGAUUUGUCAUACAAUUUAUUCUCAUCCAAUAUACCAGAUUGGUUAUAUGGUCUUCAUCAUCUUAAAGUUUUGAACUUAGAUGAUAACUAUCUGAGAUGGACUAAUGCUUUUGGAAAUUUGACUUCUCUUGUUAGCCUUGAUUUGUCAUCCAAUCAGAUUGAAGGAGCAAUCCCAACUCUUUUGGGAAAUUUUACUUCUUUGGCUAGUCUAGAUAUUUCAGAUAAUCAGCUUGAAGGGGAAAUUCCAACCUUUUUGGAAAAUUUGACUUCUUUGGUCAGUCUUGAUAUAUCAGGUAAUCAAUUUGAAGGAGGGAUUCCAACCUCUUUUAAAAAGUUAUGCAACUUGAGAGACUUGUCUUUCUCAAAUCUCAAAUGCAAUCAACAAUUUAAUGAAAUCUUAUACAUUCUCACCCCAUGUGUUUCUCACCAACUCAAGAGUCUUGUGGCUUUCGGUUCUCAAAUCUCAGGUCAUCUCUCAAAUCAACUUGGAAUGUUCAAAAAUCUUGAAAAACUUGGUCUCUCUAACAACUCGAUCAUUGGAGAAAUUCCUCAAUCAUUAGCAGAGCUUUCAUCGUUAAAACAUGCUGAAUUCUCCAGAAAUCAACUUAGUGGAAAUCCAUUUAAAAUCCUUGGACCACUUCCCAAGUUGACUUUUCUUGCCAUAGGUGACAAUUUAUUUCAAGGAAUUGUACAUGAAGAUGACCUUGAGAAUUUUCCUGCAUUGCGGGUGCUUUCAGCAUCAGCUAACAAUUUAGCUUUAAAAGUGACCCCCAGUUGGAAACCAAAAUUUCAACUGAAGAUUUUGCUGAUGAGCUCGUGGAAGUUAGGUCCAAGCUUUCCAUCAUGGAUUCAGUCACAAAAGAAUCUUGAAUAUUUGGAUAUGUCUAACGUAGGGAUAUCUGAUUCCAUUCCCACAGGGUUUUGGGAAACAAGUAGUUCUUCUUAUUUGAACUUCUCUCACAAUCAUAUCCAUGGCAAGCUCCCAAAAGCAUUAAAGGUUCAAGAAUUUUUCCAAAUAGUUGAUCUUAGCUCAAAUCAUCUUUAUGGAAAUUUACCUUCUGUGGGUGAUAAUAUGAUUUGGCUAGAUCUGUCACAUAAUUCAUUUUCUGGGUCAAUAACAGAUUUUCUUUGUCAAAAAUCUGACAAUUCAAAUUGGUUACAAAUUCUCAAUCUUGCAUCAAACAACUUAUCAGGAAGAAUUCCCAACUGUUGGAGAAUGUGGCCAGAACUAGUGGAAGUCAACUUAGAAAGCAACUGUUUUAUUGGAAGCUUACCUUCUUCCAUGGGCUCCUUAUCAAACCUACAACAAUUGCGUAUACGCAAUAACACACUCUCUGGAAAAUUUCCUGCCAGUUUAAAGAGAAACAGGAAAUUGAUAUCAUUGGAUCUUGGAGAGAAUAAUCUCACAGGAGAUAUUCCAGCAUGGGUUGGAGAAAGGCUAACAAAUUUAAAAUUUCUUCGGCUUCGAUCCAACCAUCUUUCAGGAAACAUUCCCAACACAAUAUGUGGUAUGGAGUCUCUCCAGGAUUUGGACCUUGCAAGAAACAAAUUGUCAGGCAAUAUUCCAAAUUGUUUGAACCACUUGAGUGCCAUGAUAAAUAAAGUGGGUGAAAUUAGCGAAACUCUAUCCAGUGUCUUUAUGAAUAAUGCUAUCAUUAGCAUGGUCCUGUGGGUGAAAGGAAUGGAUAUUGAGUACAGCAGUAUUCUCGGCUUAGUGAAAAACAUUGAUCUUUCAGCCAAUAAAUUGUCGGGAGAAAUACCAAUGGAAAUCACAGACUUGUCUGGUUUGGUUUAUUUGAACUUGUCCAAGAAUGAAUUAACUGGUCACAUCCCUCAAAGUAUUGGCAAUAUGGAGUCAUUGGAAUCCAUUGAUUUCUCAGGCAACCAACUCACAGGGGAUACCCCUCAGAGCAUUACAAACUUGAGCUUUCUCAACAAGCUCGACUUGUCCUACAAUCACUUGGAGGGUCAAAUCCCAACAGGCACUCAAUUGCAAACCUUUGAAGCAUCCAGUUUUGUCGGCAACAAUCUCUGUGGUCCACCAUUGCAGCUCAGCUGUACAGUUCCUGAUGAUGAUGCAAAUGACAGUAAUGAGAAAGAGAGAAAGAAGCACAAUGGAGUGAAUUGGUUCUUUGUGUUUAUGGCUUUUGGAUUUAUUGUGGGAUUCUGGGGAUUUGUUGGUCCAUUGUUCAUAUUCAAAUCAUGGAGCUAUGCCUAUUUCCGUUUUCUUGAUGACAUGGGCUACAAACUUCAAUCAUGUUUGGGAAUUUUAAGUUUGUAAUUAGUUUCUUUUGUGAUGUAUUCUUGUUUUAUGUGUGCUGUAAGAAAUAAAUAAAAAAUCAAUAUGCACUACUUGUCCAGCUUGUUUAAAAGUC